UUUACCGGUACCACUGUGCCAGUUAGUUUUAUAAGCCGGUGCCGGUCGCACGUUUAGUCACAACGAGUUUAAGUGUGAAGGAGUUCAUUACCUUUUACUUUACACAUAUUUAGUGAAUACAAAAAACUCUGAAAAUGUUCGUGUUGGCUUUCGUUUUCAUUAUCAGUGCUAACAGCCUGCACGUUACCUAUGCGGCCGUAACACACCCCUCGCAGCAAGCUCGUGUUGUAUACCCAGAACCCAGAGUCGAUAAUGAAGUCCCUGAGCGUUGCAAGGGCCUUACAUACUGCACUAUCAAACCUAAAGACUAUCCAGAAGAAAAAUUUAAAACCAUGUUUAAAGAUUAUAAACGUGUUCCUCAACCAACGAUGAUAGUUGAUCUCGAUAACCGACAAGGUAGUCCUGAUGAAUCUGAUAACUGUGACAGUGAGGUUACAUACGAGCCUCUAUAUAAAGUCAGAGAGAAUAUCAAUGCACCGUGGAGGACUGUCGUUCAAGUUCCUGAGAAAGAUUACAUUCAACGCGUACGUCUCGAGAGAUGCACGAAAAUAGAUGCGCCGUGUUUUAACAUCUUUACACCUAACGAUGACUUCGUAACGUACUGCAAACAGAAAACUAACGUGUGGGAGGUGUUGGUGGCUAAGGGAGAUAACGAAAUUGAGACGAUUAAGGCUGAGUUGCCAGUGUGCUGCUCUUGCCAUUACAAGCCUAAAGUUGACUUUAUGACUAGAUUUGGUAUAUCUAAGAAGUAAAUAAUAAUAUUUUAGACGGA